AUGGCCGCUCUUGCUUCUAAAGCGCAGUCACAAAAGCUCUUCGAGAAGUUGAAGACAAAGCCAGCAAACAGGAUUUGUUUUGAUUGUGGGGCAAAGAAUCCAACCUGGACUUCUGUACCCUUUGGAAUUUACCUUUGUCUUGAUUGUUCAUCGAAUCAUCGCAACUUAGGUGUUCACAUCUCCUUUGUGCGAUCGACGAACCUUGACCAAUGGCAAUGGGAUCAAUUGAGAGUUAUGAAAGUUGGCGGUAACGAAUCUGCCACGAAAUACUUUCAAUCGAAUGGAGGGACUGCAGCACUCAACAGCAAGGAUCCUAAAACCAAAUACCAGUCGAACGCGGCCACGAAGUACAAGGAAGAAUUGAAGAGGCGUGCUACAAAGGAUGCUGCUGAAUAUCCUAAUGAAGUUGUCAUCGCUGAUGCGGCGACUGAUGCUCUUGAUGGAACCUCCACACCUGCUGGAGAACCGGAAGAUGAUUUCUUUUCUUCUUGGGAUAAACCUUCUAUUAAACGACCAACCCCCCCAAUAUCUCGAACUGCCACACCUCCUGUAGUUGGGCGAACACCUUCUCCCUUCCUCCACGCCGGCACUAAUGCUGCCGAUAAUGGAAUUACACGAGCAACAUCGCCACUCGGAAAACCUGAAGGUUCAGCUCCAGCGCCUGCUGCGAGUCGUAUUACAUCAUCUGCCGCGUUGCGCAAGGGAACCACAACAGGGACUGGACCACGAAAAGCAAAUGUCCUCGGCGCUAAGAAAGCCAAAUUGGGUGCGAAGAAGGUCACAGGCGAUGCGAUUGACUUUGAUGCUGCCGAGCGCAAAGCAAAAGAAGAAGCCGAGAGAAUCGAGAAACUAGGUUACGACCCUGAGACUGAAGAAGCUGCGACAGAAACGUCGACUACUACCAAGACUGCCGAUCCCAGCAUUGCUGCGCCAACACCAGUGAGCCCGGGAAGGACAGGGUAUGGUUCUGGUCACAGCAGAGAGCGAUCAACUGGCGAGGUCGAGCGACUCGGAAUGGGCAUGGGACGACUUGGUUUUGGACAGAUUGGAGGUGCGAAACCUGCAGCUACUACACAAAAGAAGAUGGGUGGUUUUGGCUCAGUGGGACCUAUCAAGGCCACCAAAGAAGAUGAAAGCGAGAAAUACGCCCGUCAAAAGUUCGGCGGUCAAAAGGGUAUUUCAUCAGAUGAGUUUUUCGGCAAAGGGUCAUUCGACCCCAGUGCACAAUCAGAAGUCAAGAAUCGUCUACAAGGUUUCGAAGGAGCUACAUCUAUCUCUUCCAACGCUUACUUCGGAAGACCUGAAGACGAAGAGGGCGGAGAAGAUUACGGUGAUCUCGAAACCGCUGCAAAGGAUUUCGUGAGGAAAUUUGGUGUAACGGCUGGAGAUGAUUUGGAUAACUUGACUCAAGUUCUCGGAGAGGGUGCAACCAAACUGCAAGGCGCCAUCAGAAGUUAUUUGAAUGGCUAA